AUGCAUGAGAUCCAAACCGUAGCCAAGGAAUACAUAAAUGAUGAAGAAGUCAGCCAAGUCGUGGCUGCCAAUAAACGGCAGCCCUCCUACAAUCAACCCAGGCAACAAGGUAACGGAGAAAGACUGAAGGAGCAGGCCAGAGACGGAGGUUUGAGCAAGGCACCCAGACCGUUUUCCCGGGUCGGAAAAUUCACCAAUUACACCCCACUCACCCUCCCCAUCAUGGAAGUUUAUCAGCAAAUAGCCGAAAAAGGAAUCUUGUCGAAACCCCGACCACACAAAGACCGCACCGGGGGAAACAAGAGCCUCUACUGUGAUUACCAUAAGGGCUAUGGGCACCAAACACAAGACUGCUUCGACCUGAAGGAUGCACUAGAACAAGCGAUAAAGGACGGCAAACUGAACGAAUUCUCCCAUCUUAUAAGGGAGCCGAGGAGACGACAUCGCGACCAAGAUGAGGAAGGCAAGACCCGAUCGGUGAAACGGCGACAAGAGCCAGAAGACAAUGACCACGGACUCAUCGUGAUAAAUGUAGUAACCACCAAAAACACUGCGCCAAGAUUGAGAUCGGUGCACAAGAAAGACACCAAGGUCCUGGCAGUCUCUUCCUCGUUGGUGCAAAGUUCCAAGAAGCCUCCACCUAUCUCUUUCGGCCCAGAAGAUCAAUGGUUCGACGAGGCCCCUGAAAGCCCACCCAUGGUCAUCACGGCCAGGGUGGGAACCGGCCUCGUCAAACGAAUCCUUGUGGAUACGGGAGCGGACUCGAACAUUAUGUUUCGCAACAUGUUUGAUGCACUGGGGUUACGGGACGCCGACCUGUCGACUCACCAGCACGGGGUCAUAGGACUAGGCCAUCACUUCAUCAAGCCAGAUGGGGUAAUAGCUCUAUCGGUUUCUGUGGGACAGGGACAAGGCCGAAGGUCAAUAAUGGCCGAGUUCGUGGUUCUACGGGACUCCACAGCCUACAACAUCAUCCUAGGAAGGAAAACGAUUAACAAUGUUGAGGCGGUAAUCAACACGAAGCUACUGGUUAUGAAGUUCGUUACUGAUGACGGAUGGUGCACGAAAUUGCAAUAA